AUGUCGUCUUCAGCAAAGAUGCGAGCUGCUUGUAAGCGUGAACUGACAAAAGAGAAUAGCAGUGUGAAACCAGGAACAUUCCUUCCACCUCAAUAUGCUGCAUUUGUCAAUGGGGUAGUGGUGGGUUACAACUAAUUCUCACAUUCUAUGGAUUUUAAUGAUAUCUGGCAUCCUGCCACUCAUCCCUCUGGAGCCAUGCUGCCUGCUCUGCUUGCUCUGGCUGAGUUUUUGCCUUCUAAACCUUCAGGUUUGGAUCUACUUCUGGCAUUUAAUGUGGGACUUGAAGUUCAGGGAAGACUGCUGAGGUUUUCAAAAGAGGGUCAUAACAUUCCCAAAAGGUUCCAUCCUCCUACAGGUGGCGUUAUGGGCAACGCAGCCGCCACAGCUAAACUCCUGCGUCUGUCUCCAUCUCAGAUUAUGGCAGCUCUUGCAAUUGCAUGUUCAUCUGCUGGUGCACCACUGGUGAAUGCUGCUAUUCAGACAAAGCCACUGGGAAAUGCUGCUCAGAGGGGCCUGGAAGCAGCGCAGCUUGCCCUUCUUGGUCUAGAGAGCAACAAAUAGAUUCUGGAUCUGGAGUUAGGCUUUAAUUUAAAAUCUUCUACCAGGAUUAUUUUUCAUUUUCAUUAUUAGGCUGACGUUUCCCAAAUAAGCUCGUACAGGUGGGUGCUAGAAGAACAGGAUGUUGCAUUUAAGCGAUUUCCUGCCCAUCUCUGCAUGCACUGGGUAGCUGAGGCAGCAGUAACUGUGAGGAAUAAAAUUUACACUAGAGCGCCAAAUGCUGAUCUCAGUCAAAUUGAGAAGAUUGUACUGAGAGUCCUUUUAUCCAGAUACAUAGAUUGUCCACUUCCAGUGACAAAGCAUGAGGUUAGGCACACUUAUCAGUUCAACUGCUGCAAAACUAGAAGAGAAAGGAGGCACUGCAAGUGA